AUUUUUCUGAAACGAUUUCAUGCACCAAUUCCUGCGGAAAAUAAAAAUCAUCUGUACCUUAUAUGCUGGGAGCAGAUUUUUUACCUGUCUAAAAUGAUACUGCAUAAGUACCUACCUAUGUAACGCAAUAACGCUUCCUGGCUAAAAUAGUCUUUUUUUUUACUUUGAUUUGCUUAAUUGACUUAGGUACUUAUUACCAAUAUCUAAUUUAUUGAUUUUCAUUAUAUUGCUCACAACAUUUUUCUCAAGAUUUAAAAUAGUAGGUACUUUAUCAGGAUUUCAAGGCAAUAAUCUCAUCAAUCCAUUUUCAUUAGAGAAGAUUUUUUAUACAAAUAAGUAGUACCAGGAAAUUACAUUGCAUCUGAAUAUUACGAUUAUUCGUGAUUCGCAAUCGCUUAUCCAAACAAACAUUUUCCGUAGGUAAUUAAAUAUCCUAUAUGCGAUUGCACCAAUAAGUCGGUACCACCAAGUAUACGCGUAUAUAGAAAGCACCUAUUGCUAUAAAGUUUUUGCAUGCGAGGUACCCCGUAAUUUAGGCGUAUCGUAUAUAAACCGCCUCCUCGGUACCACAAGGCAACAGUCGCACUAGUUCUUUUUAGUAAAAUGAUUCUUCAAUACUUCCCUUUUGUGUUCUGUGCCUUCUUAGUCCUAGCUUCGGCUGAGGAGAAGAAAGCAGAAGAACCAAAAUCCGUCGAGGAGAAAAAACACAACAAGAGAGGCCUUUUUGAUCUUGGAUACGGCGGAGGCGAAUAUGGAGGUGGUCAUGGCUUGGAACUUGGAGGAUACGGAGGCGGUUUGGAACUCGGCGGUUUGGAAGACCACCACGUCAAACACGUAACCCACAUCAAAACUGUAGGAAUUCCAGUACCCAAACCCUAUCCCGUGCACAUCGAAAAGAAAGUACCUGUUCCAUACCCUGUUAAAGUACCAAUUCAUAUACCCAAACCUUAUCCAGUCCCUGUACCAAAACCUUAUCCAGUCCACAUUGAAAAACCUGUACCUUACCCAGUUAUAAAACAUGUACCUGUUCCAGUUAAAGUACCAGUCAAGGUUCCAUACCCAGUCCCUCAACCCUACCCAGUAAUCAAAAGUGUACCAUACCCUGUACACAAACCAGUACCAUACCCAGUCAAAGUACCAGUUCUAGUUGAAAAGAAGGUUCCAAUUUACAUCAAAGAACAUCACGAAGAGUUGGGAGGCUACGGAGGUGGUUACGGAGGCGGAUACGGAGGUGGUUUGGAGCUCGACGGAGGACACGGUCAUUUAUUAUAAAAACGGCGACUGUUGAACAAAAAAUGAUAUUCUCAUCAGUAUUUUUUCACCAUCAUCAUUUUCUUUGUAAAUUUCUUCCUCAUUUAAUUUAUGUUGUGUUUUUUGUUUAUCUUUUUUAAUAAAACAUAUUUUCCUAAAAAACAUUUUUAGUAACUUUAUUGAUCAGUAGCGACCAAUGAGUGAAGAACAAAUUAAUUUAUUCCAGGCUCUUUAUUUUCCGAAUUGUUCGUAUAAGUGCAAAUGAGCUGAACUGAUGUAGAAAAAUAGAUUGAAUAAUGACUAUUUUUCAGGUUAGUAUAGUAAAAAAAAAACUUAAUAUGGCGAUAGUAAAACAUAAACAAAAAUAACUUGAAUAAAAACAAACAUUUUAUGCCUAUUAUACUAAUUCUGAGUUAAUUUAAAUCCUCUCAGAAACAGUCUUUUUAAAUCUCAAACUCGCUCUCGAUUUUCUCCACCAUCAUUUUAGCAAUAGCCAAAGAACUAGUUGCUCCAGGACUCGGCGCAUUCCUGCAAUGCAAAACCCGACUACCAAUCGAAUCGUCUCCAUCUUUGUACAUAUCAAACACGAAAUCUUCAAUAAGAUUUCCGGAAAUAUCCAGAGCUUGUGCUCUGACACCUGCAGGUCCUCGUUCUACAUCUUUAGCAGAGAUCUCCGGUACGAAUUUUUGCAAACUUUUCACUUGGAGGGACGGUAUUGCCGAUUUGAUUACUUCCUGAGCACCGGCGAACAUGAAUUUGAGUGCUAAUUUUAUAAAGCCUGGAUAGGAAAUUGAGUCUGCUAGUUCUGAGAUGUUUAUGUCGGCC